UCACAUUUUGGCAAAGAUGGAAAUGUACAUACGACGCAAUUUUGACACACCUGAAACAAAUAUUCGUCAAGGAAAUGGAACCGUAAAAGUAUGGCGGAUGCUGAGGAGCCGCAGAAGAAAAGAAGGAGAAUAGAGGACCUCACUGAAAAAAUGGCUGUGGAUGUCAGUGCUGGUGACUGGGAUGGGCGUUGGAACCAUGUAAAGAAUUUCCUAGAGAGAUCUGGCCCAUUUACUCAUCCAGACUUUGAACCAAGCACUGAGUCCCUCCAAUUUUUGUUGGAUACAUGCAAGAUAUUGGUAAUUGGAGCCGGUGGACUCGGCUGUGAACUGCUCAAAAAUCUAGCCCUGUCUGGAUUUCGGCACAUUCAUGUGGUUGAUAUGGACACCAUUGAUAUCUCCAACCUUAAUAGGCAGUUCCUUUUCAGACUCAAAGAUGUGGGACGGCCAAAGGCAGAGGUUGCUGCUGAUUUUGUUAACAAUCGAAUCCCUGGAUGUAAAGUCGUCCCAUACUUCAAGAAGAUUCAAGAUUUUAAUGAGUCUUUCUACAGGCAAUUUCACAUCAUAGUUUGUGGUCUAGACUCCGUCAUUGCCAGGCGAUGGAUGAAUGGAAUGUUGCUGUCGCUUCUGAGCUAUGAAGAUGGAGUACUGGACACCAGCUCCAUCAUACCACUCAUAGAUGGAGGGACAGAGGGCUUCAAAGGCAAUGCCAGAGUCAUUCUCCCAGGCAUUAGUGCAUGCAUUGACUGCACGCUGGAAUUCUAUCCACCUCAGAUUAACUUCCCCAUGUGCACCAUUGCGUCCAUGCCUCGGUUACCAGAGCAUUGUGUUGAGUAUGCUAGAAUGCUGCAAUGGCCCAAAGAUAAGCCUUUUGGAGAUGGUGUGGUCUUGGACGGGGACAACCCAGAGCACAUCCAGUGGGUGUUCCAGAUUGCGGAGGAGAGAGCUGCAGAGUUUAACAUUACUGGAGUCACAUACAGACUCACACAAGGGGUUGUGAAGAGGAUUAUCCCUGCGGUGGCUUCCACAAAUGCUGUUAUUGCUGCUUCCUGUGCCACUGAAGUUUUCAAAAUAGCUUCAAGUGCAUACAUUCCUCUGAAUAACUAUCUGGUGUUCAAUGAUGUGGAUGGAUUGUACACCUACACAUUUGAAGCUGAGCGAAAGGAGAACUGCUCGGCAUGUAGCCAGGUGCCCCAGGAUCUCCAGUUCCCUCCCUCAGCCAAACUACAAGAGGUUCUGGAGUACCUGACUGAGAACGCCUCCCUACAAAUGAAAUCCCCAGCAAUCACUACAACGUUGGAAGGCAAGAAUAAGACACUAUAUUUACAGACAGUAGCAUCCAUUGAACAAAGAACCCGGCCAAACCUUUGCAAAACCUUGAAAGAGCUGGGAUUGGCUGAUGGACAGGAACUGGCUGUGGCAGAUGUCACCACACCACAGACAGUUCUCUUCAAGCUGAAUUUCACCACAUAAAGCACCCACAAACAUACAAUAAUGAAAUGUACUUGGUCUGCAACAACCUUUGUUAAACAAUGUUGCAGCUAUAAUUUAUUUGAGACUAAUAAUGUAAAUAUGAUCAACCAUAUUUGUCUCUUUAUCAUUAAAACAUACAUUUGUCCAGAAUCUUUACACAGUGAACAAUUUAGAAUCAAAUUGGGGAACACCUUUUAUCAGUGAUGUUGCUCUACUGUCUGCUAUCAGGAGCUGUUGUUUUUCCCUCUUUAUGAUUAUACUUGCUGUAGUUUCACUGUAUGUGCAUUCAAAUGUAUAUGUACUGUGCUCCAAUAAAGUAUUUCCAUUGUUGGUAA